GGGCGCGCAGCUCGUGAGAAGCCGCUCCAGCCGGCACCAUGCGCCUGCGGCCGCUGCCCCUCGUCGUGGUCCCCGGCUUGCUGCAGUUGCUCUUUUGCGACAGUAGAGAAGUGGUGCAUGCCACAGAGGGGCUGGAUUGGGAAGACAAAGAUGCUCCAGGGACAUUGGUCGGAAACGUGGUGCACUCCAGGAUCAUCAGUCCCUUGCGCCUGUUUGUUAAACAGUCUCCAGUGCCAAAGCCUGGUCCCACGGCAUAUGCAGAUAGCAUGGAAAACUUUUGGGACUGGCUGGCCAACAUCACAGAGGUUCAGGAGCCAUUGACAAGAACUAAACGGAGGCCAAUAGUAAAAACGGGAAAAUUUAAGAAAAUGUUUGGAUGGGGCGACUUUCAUUCCAACAUUAAAACUGUCAAACUAAACCUCCUCAUCACAGGAAAAAUCGUCGAUCAUGGAAAUGGAACCUUCAGUGUUUAUUUCCGACAUAAUUCAACAGGUCUGGGCAAUGUGUCAGUGAGCUUGGUACCCCCCUCCAAAGUGGUGGAAUUUGAAGUUUCCCCCCAGUCUACCUUGGAGACCAAGGAAUCUAAAUCUUUCAAUUGUCGCAUUGAGUAUGAAAAAACAGAUCGGGCAAAGAAGACUGCUCUGUGCAACUUUGACCCGUCCAAGAUCUGCUACCAGGAGCAAACUCAGAGCCAUGUGUCUUGGUUGUGCUCCAAGCCCUUCAAGGUCAUUUGCAUUUACAUUGCCUUUUACAGUGUUGAUUAUAAACUCGUGCAAAAGGUCUGUCCUGACUACAAUUACCAUAGUGAGACCCCAUACUUAUCUUCUGGCUGAAUCUUUCCAAAAUGAUGGAAAUGAAGGACAUAUGUAUGUGUGUAUUUAAUUAGAAUGACCAAGAAACAAGCCCAGCUCUUCAUGGCAAAAGAUUCCUUUUGUUUCUGGCAGUGAACCGUAGUUCCCUAUCAGGUUUUCAAAUAAAAAAAAAGAAAGAAAGAAAGAAAGACUUUUAAAUGUGAAAUGUGUUUGUUUUGAUCAUAAGUACCUUUAUCUAAAGAGUCAAACUGUUUAUGAAAUUGUCGCUUUCAUGUAAGAUGAACUAAGUUCUAGAACUAUUGUUGUUUCUCUGAAAAAAUGUCAGUGGGAGCCACGCGUGACAAGAAGGAACUGAAUUAUGCAUGUUACGAACAUUGCUCUUAAAAUGAGCUUGCUUUUGAAAUAUGCUUUGGAGGUUUACCUUAAAAAUAGCAGAUUCAGUAAAGCAACUGAAAAGAUGGUAUUUGAUAGAUGAAUUGUGUUUCUGACAUUGAAUUCUUUUUUUUAUUGCUGUCUUUUUCUCCACAUCUAUGCCAUUAUUUAUAUGAGAGAUGAAAGGGUAAAAUUUGUUUCAAAAUUCGUGUGUGAAGUUACAGUACCACAGUGGAACCAAGUACGUUAUCAUCUGAGCUAGAGUUGAGUGGAACGUAAUUUAAGCACCUAGCCCUGUGUUGGUCACCAUCCUUCCAAUUCUCAUCUUCGGAGUAAUACUGGUGGAUGGGGAAAGCAAAUCUGGGUAUAAGUCAUUUCAACAAUAAUGAAGAUCAUGAUGUUUUUAGACUCUUUUGCCAAAUUCAAUGGUCUGAGAUUAUCAAAAAUAACAUAGAAUUUGUAUGUACUCUGCAGCUUAAAACUUCUUUCUAUUAAUUUGAUAGUGUGAUUUUAUAUACAUAUGUAGAAUAACUCUGACAUUGAAAGAAAAUGAUUGUUUUCUAGGCUAGAAU